AUGAAUGUUCAAGAAUUCAUUACUGGACCAACGUGUGCGUACUUAGUAGUAGUUGCUUCUGUUGUGGCGUCGCUUUCUUCGCAACACUGCGAGUCCUUCCCACGUGACCAUUUCCGAGUUUUCACUGAUACAUCUGUCAAGGAAGAUCCGCUGUUUACCGAGAUUGCGAUCCAGUCGCAAAGCCACUGUCUCAACGUUUGUAGUCGACGAUCUGGAGGAUUCUGUUUGGGGUUCGUCUACAACAAAGUACAACAGCGAUGCAUGGGAUACAAUUCUAGACUGGAACAGCUGACGCAAAUACCAGAAGUCGGAUCUGUCGGGUUUGAAGCGACAGCGGAAUGUGAGAAGCCUGAUAUAUCCAAUGGAAUCGUCACGUAUACGUCACUGGCGGUAAACAGUGUUGCGUACUACUCGUGCCUGGAAGACUUCAUGUUCGUUGGACUCAGUCAGUCUAGGAUAUGUAAAUCCUCUGGAUUGUGGGAUGGUGCUGACGGUUCGUGUGAACCUGCCGCUUUCUAUAACGUCUCUUCACCCUUUGAAGCACCAGUUCCUGGAACAGUCGGUCCUGGCUGGACAUUCGAAUUCUUAGGCACGCCUCUUAGUGAGACCAGACGUUUUUUUUGUAUAGAGAUGAGGUUACUAUCACCGAGGACUCAGCCUUACGUUUCCGGUUCCUUUUCUGUUGUCUGACAGGAAGAGGUGAGAGAGCUCGAAGAAUGUCC